AGUUCCUUACCUAGAACUUCUCACUACUCCCUUCUCUCUGUCUGUUGUUCCUCUGUCCGCUCUCUUCAUCCUCCUUACGCUACCACUCACACUUCACAAGUGUCUGCCUCACCUUCCCCCUAAUCCAGGAUACUUGCACUGCUCAAGAUGCGUUACUCCACCUCCGCAAUCACUCUCCUCAUCGCCUUCACCGGCUCCACUCUAGCGCAGCAGACGACUGCAGCAGCAGGCACUGGCUCUUCCUCCACGAAGCAAUGCGCAGCCCAAAACAUCGUCGACGCCUGUCUUGAGUCCAUGAAGCCCCAGCUCGACGCCUGCGGCCCCAACGAUUGGCAAUGCCUCUGUGACCAGAGCAUCAAUGUCCUGACAUGCUACAACAACUGCCCCGGCCACCCCGACAGCUUCGGCGCCGAACAGACCAAAACGUCCUACUGCAAUGCGGCCCAGGCUUACUCCACUUCGAGCUCUUCGACGGCCACCGGUACGGCUACCAAGACGUCGUCUGCGACCCAGACGGCGGAGACGGCGGCUACCACGACUACCACUCCGUCUGGAUUCUCGCCUACCCCGUCCACGGGUGCUGCGGCGGGGUUGGCUGUUGAGGGUGGAGGUUUGUUGGCUGCUGUCUUGGCUGGGUUUAUUGCCUUGUAAGCUGGUACAUCGCUAGCUGGGGAUUGAGAGAUGGGAAGCGCAACUAGGGGGUGGAGGGACUGGCAGAAAGUGGAAUUUAAUGGGUCAUUGAUAGGGAGCGAUGCUGAGGAGCAUGUACUAUAUUUGAUCUCA